CGUCCACGCGUCGCUAAGAGACGCGAUGGUUGUAAGGGCUGUGGCAGUUGGCUUCUUGCUGCCCCAGCCUACGGGUCUCGCGUGUGGAGAACGUAAGCCGUGCCCGCCUGCGAGCUCCCAGGUGGAGCGCCCCGGGCUUCUCCUGCUUGGCGGAUGAGAUAAUUGGCACUAAGGCCUCUGUAGCCAUGGCUAGUUCUGACGUGAAGCCAAAAUCAGUAAGUCGUGCCAAAAAAUGGUCAGAAGAGAUAGAAAAUCUGUACAGAUUUCAACAAGCAGGAUAUCGGGAUGAAAUUGAAUAUAAACAAGUCAAGCAAGUUUCAAUGGUAGAUCGUUGGCCAGAAACAGGAUAUGUGAAGAAACUUCAGAGAAGGGACAAUACUUUCUAUUACUACAACAAACAGAGAGAAUGUGAUGACAAGGAAGUUCACAAAGUGAAAAUUUAUGCUUACUAGGCCUUCUUCCUUCUACUAAUUCUUGUCAAUGAUGCUUUAAUAAGUCAUUCAUCCAGCCUACAUCAUGUGCAUUCUUACCCUUGCACCAAAUCAUUCAGAAGGCACCCUUCAACCUAAUGUUUUUGAGACGCAGAACCAUGAAUUUUGGUAUCUAUUCAUCACCCUGUCCUGUCCUGAAAUCCAACU